UUGACCAGCUCUUUUGGGACAAUCGUUCACAGUAUUAGCAUAUUCACUUGGUAUGCGAAUGCCGUGGCGCCGAACCCCACCUCCACCGCUCUCUCCAAGCUGCUCUUGCUCAAAUUCUCAGAUCAAGAAAUCUUGAGCUACUGCACAAUCCCACUCCAGACAUAUAACAUUCUGGAGUAUUCUGUGCUAAGAAUGCAGGUGCAAGCACCCCCGCUUUGUGCGCUGCUGAUGUGUACUUUGAAUACCGUUCUGAUCGCCAUGUACAUCAGCGCACCUCAAGAGUAUUUUAUACUGCUCGAUACAUCACCACCACUCCUAUCAAUAAACCACAAAGACGCUUAG